AGGUUGGUAGGAUAAGGGAUAAAAUAUACAAAGAGGAGGAUCCAAUCCGGUUGGAGCUAGUUCUAGUACUGGCCGGACGCAUAUGUUAAGUUACAGACUGAUCCGGAGGUGUAAGCAGCAGAGGUGUACCCACAUUCAUUUAGUUUCCGCCACUGUGAAAGGCUGUGUUUUUCUUCUGUCUCUGCCGCACCACUUAAAGCAACAAUGGGAAGAAGGAGCGCCACCAAAAAAUCCGCAGAAGCAGCCACAGAGCAGCCACUGAGAAAGUCUCAACGGUUGUCGGUGAAGGAUACACCAGAAGAGAAACCAGAGAAGCCUGAAAAGACAAAGGCACCUCCCAAGAACAAAAAGGUAGCCAAACCAGUAAAGGCCAAGCCAGAGGAGAAGAAGAAGAAGGAAGAAGAGGAGGAGGAGGAGGAGGAGGAGGAAGAAGAGGCCACUCCUGCAGAAAACGGAGAGGCCAAAGCUGAGAAGCCCGCUGCAGCAGAAGACGCAGAGGAGGCGGAAGAAGCAGAUGAGGCAGAGGAGAAGGACGACAAAGCUGAGGAAGCCGAGGAGGAAGACAAGGACGCCGAAUAGCCGUGACACACCUAGACUAACUUGCCAGAGCCCCCCUGUACCUCGUUUCUUGUACAAUGCAGAGACUAUUUUUAUCUACUAUUUUCAUAAGACAGUAAUGUUUUUAGGCACGUGAUUGCAGAAAUGCAUUUUUAAAGAAACAACUACAAAUUUCAUUCAGUUUCUUCUCAGUCGUUUUAUUUUUUUCGUUCCAUUGUUCGUUCUCUCUGGCUUCUUACUUUGCCUUUUUGUUAGGUUUGUAGUUUUCCUGCAUGACAAGAAUUCGUGCCUAUAUCAGGAAUUUGAUGUUCGGCUCCGGGGGAGUUUACCUGAGACAUUCCCGAGGCGCUUUGAGGGAUUUUUGUAACCUGUACUGUUUUUGGAUUUAAUACAGCAUCAAGUGUUGGUAUGAUUGAAGAGUUGUGCUAAAUCAGUCUUGUUCAUAAUAUUCACUUUAAUCACGUUCACUAGUACUGGAUUUUUUUCUUUUCCAAAUGCUGUCAGAGAAGGUACAUGUGAGGAUGGUUGGACACAUCCAUGCUCUCCGCUGUGCUCAAUUCAAGAAGCAUUACAAAGCUAAUCGUGCGUGUUUUAGUUAAUCCUAUUAGGAUUACUGUAUUCACACCUCAGUCAACAAGAUAUAUUCGCCACCUCUCUGUGGAUAUAUUCUUUGUGGUUUUUUUGGGAUUUAUCUACCAAUGUACAGUUUCCUCAUUUUUUUAAAAAAUAAAAAAAACAAAAAUACAUUUUCUUUGUUAUGAAUGGUAUGAAAUGCCAAAUAAAGUGGGAAUUCCUGUAAA